CCGCUUUAAAUUGUUUACUUCCGGUUACGCUUCCAUGGCGCUUGCGAUGACCUCAAAAACAUAAGAUUGCUUUCCAAAUUGUUGGGAAAUUAAAGCCUCACCUGUUUCCUGUUUCCUGUCAUGGCUGAGAGAGRGGCAGAGAUGGAAGAGGACGCAGGAGACCUGCCAGCUAGAGAGGAUGACAACGAAUCAGACAGAGAUGACGAUGACCGGCUGUUUGCCAUUGCUUGGGUGGUAAAUAAUGACAUGGGUGAGGAUGAGGAAGAUGAUGARGUGGAGGAUGAACAGCCAGCGGACACUGAAGUGUCCGAGUCGAUCGAGUUGGACAUCCCAGCUGAGCGCAGCGGACAUAUCGCUGUGGUUGACAGAAACAUUAUGUAUGUGUGGGGCGGGUACAAGAAUGCCCAAAACCACGGAUUCUUUGACUUAUAUUUGCCGAGAAAUGAGAUCUGGACCUACAACAUGGAGUCUGGAGUGUGGACGAAGCACGUGGCUGGAGGGAACCUGCACACGUCGAUGUCAGGCAGCUGUGGCGUGUGUGUCGACGGCGUCCUCUAUCUCUUUGGUGGCCAUCACGCCAGGGGAAACACAAACAGGAUCUACCGCAUGCCUCUGAGAGCUCGCAGCCUCGUGUGGGAGGAAAUGAAGGAUCUGAAAGGACUUCCUCCGUCGAACAAGGAUAAGCUAGGAUGCUGGGUUCAUAAGAACAGAUUAAUUUUCUUCGGGGGCUAUGGUUACGCUCCUCAGGGAUCUCAUCGAGGAACAUUUCAGUAUGAUGAAUCGUCUUCUCUUAUGUGGGACAGCCCAGGACGAGGCUGGAACAACCACAUCCACGUCCUGGAUCUGGAGACAUCCAUGUGGAGUCAACCCAUCACUCAGGGGAGCACUCCGUCACCCAGAGCUGCUCACGCCUGUGCUACAGUUGGAAACAGAGGUUAUGUGUUCGGUGGAAGAUUCAAGGAUUACAGACUUAAUGACCUCUACUACAUUGAUCUGGACACAUGGGAAUGGCAUGAAAUGAGUGUUCCUCAGCAGGGUCCCGUGGGCCGGUCCUGGCACUCCUUCACGCCCGUAUCAUCAGACCAAAUCUUCCUAUUUGGAGGUUUCACCACUGAGAGAGAAACGCUGAGUGAUGGUUGGCUGUACUGCGUCAGCAAGAAUGAAUGGAAACCUUUCAACCACGGUCACACAGAGAGCCCCAGGUUGUGGCACACGGCGUGCUCCGGCCCCGACGGGGAGGUGUUUGUGUUCGGCGGGUGUGCCAACAACCUUUUGUCUCAUCAGAGAGCUGCUCACAGCAACGAGUUGCUGGUUUUUAACGUCCAGCCUAAAUCAUUAGUUCGGUUCUGUAUGGAGACCAUUCUGCAGCACAGGGAACGUUUGUCUUGUUACUGGGACUGCUUACCUAAACAUCUCCUGCACAGCCUCAAACUGAGAAUGUCCCACGUCAACACUCUGGGAUCUUAGUCCAGGAGGACAGCAGAACACUACGUUUGUACGGAAACCUCUUUCUGUCACAGCAGGCUCGUUAAUUCGAUGUGUUGGACACUUGAGAAGUCAGAGCAAUAGUCAACAACUUUGUAUUUGUAAUCCUGAUGAUGUGUUGGCCCCAUAGCAUUUGUUUUUGUUUUUYCCCUGGAAGAAAAGCACUGCGAAGUCUCUCUGACUUUGGCACAAUCAGCAACAAUAUUUAGUGUCCAGACAAUCUGCUCCCUCAGUCAUUCUGAUCGUUUCCUGCUAUCACACAUACAGCUCGUUGUCAMCGUGGCUAGUGCGGUCCAAAAGCAGAAAAUUCCAGCCUCAGACRGGAAAAUAAGUGCUCUGAGAACCCUCGACAACCUCAAGGCAUUUUUAGUGUUUGUCACCUUCCUAUUUUAUUGAUUUAUUUUAUUUUUAUUUUUUUGGCCAGGCUACUUGAACCCUCUGUGGAGCUGCUGAUCUUUUAGCUUGUUGAUACAGAUAAAAUCCACGCUGGUUUUUUUUUUUGUUUGUUUGUUUUUGCAGUUUCAGGAUUAAUUCAUGCUUAUGUUUUCACUAUAUUCCAAUAUAAAAAGUAAAUCCAAACUUUUACUGUUUCAACUUGUAAAGAAGGCUGGAGKGAAAACAAGUUUGGUCUUACCAUCUUAAAAUGUCAAAAACCUCUUAAUGCUAAAUACAAAGAUGCAGAAUCCAAACUGAGCUUAGUUUGCUUUCAGUCUUUUCUGGAUUCAACUAACAUUUAGCUUGAUAGUUUUUCCUUUAUUUUUACACAAAUGUUUCAUCUUUGCUCUCACAAACCAUAAACCACRCUUCAUUGCUUCAUGAAACUCAAAUCUGUCUCUUUAGGAAUUGCGUAAAUGUUAACUCUUAUWUGUAAAUAAACUGAAGAUGUUUGGGGAAAGUUUAAUUUUUAUGUUCUCAAAGAGGCUUWUAUAGCCUUUGGUACAAGUGACUCCUGUAGCAGUUUUAAUUUAAUAAGUUAAUAGAAGCAAGUGUAAAAAAAACAAUGUUGAGCCACGUUGCACUGAAAUGCCUCAUGUCAGUAGGGCUUUGUUUGUACUGGCCUGGUUUGCACAAAAUGACUGUUUUUGUUUUUCCAUUUUAUUUUAAUUGGUAACACUGCUUACAAUUGCUGUAGCAUCUACUUUGGACACUAAUAAAAAAUAAAAUCCA